CACUGAUAGGUGGCACUGAUUGCCAGCACUGACUGGCAUUGAUAGGUGGCACUGACUGGCACUGAUGGGUGACACUGAAAAGCAUCUCAGAUGGGCACUGAUAUGUGGCACUGAAAUGUAGCACUGAUGUGGCACUAAUUGGCACUGGCAGGUAGCAUGGAUGAGCACAGAGUUGGCACUGAUGGACACUCACAGGUGGCGCUGCUGGGGCUACACAGAUCACCAGGGCACACUGAUCAUCAGUGCUCUGAUGAUCUCUGUCAGCGUGACAGCUCAUGAGGACAGAAAUGCCGAUAACCAGCAUUUCCCUGUUUACAUGUGAUCAGCUGUGAUUGGA